AUGGCCGUAUAUUUGGUUGCCGUGCUGCUCCUACUGACCCCGUGUCAGCCAGUUCCUCUUGAUUUCCCACCUCUUUCAAAUUCUUCACUAUUCCUUGAAGAACUUAGCAAUACUACUGAACAUUACUCCAUCCAGCCGCCAGGUACAAUCCGCCGGACACCUCAGACAAUCAUUGUCGGAGUUCGGAAAGGUGGGACCAGGGCUUUGCUUGAAAUGUUGGACAUUCACCCAAACAUUGUAGUAGCUGCUACUGAAGUACAUUUCUUUGACUGGGAUGAAAACUAUGUGAAAGAGAUUGAAUGGUAUAGAAGCCUUAUGCCUUUCUCAUUUGAAAAUCAAAUUACUAUUGAAAAGACUCCAGGUUAUUUUACAUCACCACUGGCUGCUGAAAGGAUUCAUAGCAUGAACAGCUCAAUUAAGCUGCUUCUAAUUCUUCGAGACCCUACAGAGAGGGUCAUAUCGGAUUACACCCAAGUUUAUUACAACAGACUGGAAAACCACAAGCCAGUGCAGCCUUUUGAAGGAAUCGUGAUUAAAAAUGGUGCACUUAAUACCAAAUAUAAGGCAAUCCAAAGGAGCUUGUAUGACAUACACAUGGAGAGAUGGCUGAAACACUUCAGUUUAAAUCAGAUCCACAUAGUGGAUGGAAAUACUUUAAUUAAAACACCUCUUACAGAACUGCAGAAAGUGGAGAGGUUCCUUAACCUCCCUCCUAGAAUAGUAUCUUCAAACUUUUAUUUUAACCAAACCAAGGGGUUCUAUUGCAUCAGAAGUGAUGGCCGAGAAAGGUGUUUACAUGAGUCUAAAGGGCGUCCACAUCCUAUAGUAAAUGAAACAGUCUUGGAGCAACUUUACUCUUAUUUCAGAGAACAUAAUCAAAGGUUCUACACAAUGGUUAAUCAAACGUUUGACUGGCACUAG